UUAAACCAAAAAUAGUUUCUUAACAAACAGUAUGGCUGGAAAUCGGUGUUGUGCUUCUAAGCUUCAGAACAGUUUGUUCAAGUGAAAUAUGCAGUGUCUUUGAUGUUCCGGGGAAGCUUCGUGCAAUGUUUUGUGUUUGCGCUAACUUUGCCACCGAAUAUUCGUACUCUGCUGUUUCAGUGGUGAGAGGUAUUAGUCUGUUCAUUGCAUAGAUUGAUAAAUUCCCUGAUGUGAUGAUCUGUCAACAAGAAACAAAUAAAGGAAAUGUCAAGUAACCUGACAAAGUUCAGUUCAUAAUGGAAGUCCAGAACUUUGCAAACAAUGGGAUUGAAUACCCUCAAGAUUUUAAUUACAACAUAAACCAUCCGUCUCUGUGUCUGCAGCAUACCCAAGUCUUUCUUCUUGUUGCAAUCAGGACAAUCUUUGCCCAUUAUGAUCGAAGAAUGGCUAUACGAGAGACAUGGGGCAGCAAGCACAAGUACAAGGGACUCCACAUACCCUUAGUGUUCAUGUUUGGUGCCAUGGGUAAUAAAGAUAUUCAAAACUCCAUUGAAAGGGAGAACAAAAUAUACAAAGAUAUCAUCCAGGAAGACUUCAUAGAUAGUGAUAAUAACUUGACAUUAAAGACGGCAAUGUCCUACAAGUGGGCAAGUAAACACUGUCCUCAUGCUUCAUAUGUCAUGGUUGCCAAUGACAACGUCAUUGUGGAUAUCUUCAAACUGAUUCCUUAUCUAAAAUCACAAUCACCUUCAGCAGAUAAAUUCACUAUGUGUAAUUUUCAGAAAUGUUGUGAAGCACCUCCACAAAGCCGAUUUCUCAAAUCCAAUUAUUUUAAGUACUAUGGUAGAUCUGAACAGGUAUGUAGCAGUGAUGCCUAUUUGGCGCCAAUAGGUGUGGUGGACAAGCUGUUCCAGGCAUCGCUGUCCACUCCAAGGUUUGGACCAGACCAGGCCUGGAUGGGAGUAGUGGCCAGAGAGGCUGGAAUCACUUUCCAGAACACUGCCAGUGCCUUUGUUGGGAUUGAUGACAAAACACCUGUACUUAAGAAAUUCAUGGGAGUGGAUUAUUUGACAAGCCCAGCCAUGAUUGGAGUUGUUAGAGAUGAGUUUCUGGGCAAGGAGGCAACUAUAAUGCGACAUCUGUGGCGAAUCAUCCAAGAGCACCACACACGCAUGCAGCUCUCCAGUGUGUACCAUGCACAGUUCCCAUCCAAGUCGUCCGACUCCAGCAGUGUUCUGGUGCUGGCUGUGUCGCUCAUGUUUGUUGAUCUCAUGGUUGUCGUCAUCAUAUUCCUUCUCAUCUUCUGUAAGAAGAAACACAGGAGGAAAGUCCUACAUUGACUGUUGUCAUUGAUCAUGUUCAUCCCAUUGUGCAGAACCAGAACCCACACUCAUGUGUCUAUGACGUGAUGAUCACACAUUUCUAGCGUAUGUACGCCAAAGACAAAAUCACGAAGAUAAUAUUCAGUACUCUUACCACACUGAUCAGGCUCAGAUGGCAUUGAUGUAAUCAUGUUAAUUCAUAGAGUCU